AUGUUUUACUCACAUCAACUACUCGCUAGAAAAGCACCAUUAGGCCAGAUCUGGAUGGCGGCGACUCUGCAUGCGAAAAUCAACAGAAGGAAGCUUGAUAAGCUUAAUUUAGUCAAGAUCUGUGAAGAGAUAUUGAAUCCUUCUGUUCCUAUGGCGUUGAGAUUAUCAGGAAUUUUGAUGGGUGGAGUUGUAAUAGUCUAUGAGAGGAAAGUGAAGCUUCUGCUUGAUGAUGUAUCUCGAUUACUGGUGGAAAUCAAUGAAGCGUGGAAGGUAAAAACAGUUCGAGAUCCAAAUGUACUCCCAAAAGGGAAGAAUCAAGCUAAGUAUGAAAAAGUAACAAUGGCAAAAAAUGAUGAUCCUGUAACGAUGGAUACAGCAGAGAUUGAACAAUCCUUAAACUUCUCCAACCAUUACAACGUUGACAAUGAAGCUGGUUAUUUCACCAUGCGGCUAGACCGUAUUGAUGAGCCUUUUACUAAUAAGGAGAAUGCAAGAGACCCGGAGGAGGAUCAGAAACAUCACCAAGCUGAUAGAGACAACAUCACCUUAUUUGACCCUUUUGAUUCAAACCAGCCAGAGCAACAUCUAUUUAAUCGCUUCGAGAGGUUUGAUAUUGAAGGAGACGAAGACAUGAAUGCAAAUUUCACUUCACAUGAGCACUCACAGAUGCAUACAACUCUUAUACCUUCCCCGCCACCAGAAAUUCCUGAACCAGUCCCUAUGGAAACUGAUGACAUGAGAAAUGAACACCCAGAAGGGCCAGAACCACAAAACAAUCAGCAGGCUGAUGAACCUAGAGAUGACAUUCAACAGGUACAAGAGGAUGGCGUUAAGCCAGUGAUAAUAAAGGGGAAUACGAGAAGAAGAAAAACGGUCCAGCUUGCUAUGGAUUUCGAACCUAUCAUCGGAGGUGCUGUUUACCAGAGCUGGCUUCAAGACGCCUCCAACCUCGUAGGAAGAAAGAAGAGAGCCAAAUCCAUCACUAGAAUGAAGAUAGCACAGCUCAUGGACAUCCCUCCCGUGGCACUUGUAAUGGGAUUAGCAGGAAAGUAUAGCACAGAGAUCUAUUAUCCAAAGCCUCUGCUAGACCUAUAUAUGAGAAGCAUCCAGAUUCGUCCACCUCGUGAUUCCCCUGCUGGAAGUACUUCAGGACCCCAACCACCUGAACCAGUAUCACCAGUUGAUGGAAAUCCAAUGGAACUGCCUGAUGAAGAUCCGCAGAUUGGUAUUAGGACUCGUUCAAAGCAACGAUCCACUGAGAAGCAAAUGCCCAACCAUCCUGCCCCUGCUGAAGAUUUUCAGAGCGGUGUAGAAUCUCGUUCCAAGCAACCAUCCAUUGAGAAGCAAAUGCAAAUGCCUAACUUAGACAACUUUGAGUUUCCUGUAAAUGAGGCCAGCAUGAUGUUCACUCCUGGACAUUCUGGGGACAAUGAGAGAUCCGCUCCAAGCUCUGGAUCCGGAAAUGGCUUCCUGAACUUAGAACCAGAAGUCCAAUUACAUUCAGGAAGAUUGACAUUUGAUUCCAGCAGAAAAAGGCAUUCAUCAAGGCACAGUGGAGGGAACCUUUCUUCAGUAGCAGAGGAUAAAAUAUGGGAUCUACCUGAACCUGAUUUCAAGUUCAGAAGAUUCUCAGAAAAUGGGUUCUUACAUGAGAAUGAAACUCUGGUUGAAACUGGACCAACUCCAACCCAACAUCCACCUGCAGACCAGGACCAACCUAUGGACAAGAUCACUGACACAAUCAGAAUGCACCUAAAGACACAUUUUGAAACACCGGGAGCAUCUCAAGUAGAGUCCCUAGAUCAGCUAGCUAGUGGAGCAAACCGGAUGAAAGCUGCCCAGCUGUUCUACCAAACCUUAGUUCUGGCUACCUACGAUCAACUGAAAGUUCAGCAAGCAGUGGCGUUUGGAGAAAUAUUGAUCUCUAAAGGACCAAAGAUGUGAAGCCGAUCUCCACCAACUCUUAUACUGUCACAUAUCUAUAGUGUCUAUACAAAAAGUUUUACACGAGCGAGAUAUUUAACCCCCGAUGUUCAGAAUAGGUUAACACGAAGAAAGAAAGAUUAGGAAAUGGAGACUCCUCUCUUACAGAGGGGUGCUCGAGAAGUUCUCAGUUUUGUUACCAUAGACUGCUGCUUUAGAUGGUUCUGGGAGCCUACCUACUCAGUUUCAGCUUAUUAUUUAUUUUAUUUUUCGCAAAUUUGGUCUGAUUCAAGAUAAUCAAUUUACAAUGUCAACUUCUUAAAAUGACUAUCCAACUUUAUAUAUAGUUUUCAUUCAUACUGUUGUGACCACAUGAUGGUGUACACAGAAUGAUCAUUAUCUUGAGAUUGCUUGUAUAGCUGAAAGCUUUUCAGAGCAUUACUAAGUGCAAUUGCUUGAAUUUAUCAAACAAAAUCCUGUAGAAGAAAGCUAUACUUGCAUGAUCAUUCCUGUGCAUAAGG